AUGGCGAGAACAGAUCACCUGCGGGGACCCUUUGCCCGCCUACAGAACGCAUGCCGAGUGCUGAAAAAGGAACACCACAAGGCUCUCGAGCCCAUCACCGUCUAUGUCGAUUCCAUGAUGCCAAUUCAGAAACGCAUGAACGAUGUUUUACCACCACGAUCCGUCUGCGACAGGCUCGUCAAUCAGUAUUUUGUCGUUUCUGAAGGCUUGUAUCGGAUGGUCCACGUCUCGUCUUUCCACCAAGAAUACGCCCAGUACUGGGACAAACGAGGCUGUAGCGAAAGCUUUCUUCCUCGGUUGCUCUGCAUGAUCAGCAUCGCGGCUCGCUUUGGGACAGAUUCUCGAGGUUUAGGGCAGGAUAGAUUCACCAGCGUCAACAUCCCCACUGCCUGCAUCUUGGUCAGGCACUGGCUAGAUGAUCUUCGAAGAAAACAAAUCACCGACUUGACCACCCUCCAGACCGAGCUCCUCCUUCUCCACGCCGAACGAACCAUCUGCCCCCACCAACGCUCCUCCUGGACGCAAUUAGGCUACAUAAUUCGCAUGGCCAUGACGAUGGACCUCCACCGAGACCCUUCUGAGCUUCCCCCGUCAAGUCCUUUCAUCGGUGAGAUGCGCCGACGACUGUGGUACACUCUGCUUGAAAUGGACCUCCACAUUUCGUUGAUGUGCGCCCUUCCGUUUGCCAUCCGGGCGGGUGAAUACAGCUGCAAACCACCCUCCAAUCUCGACGAUGGCUCUCUCUCCCCUACGACGCCUAGUUUGCCGCCGUCACUCCCACUCGACCACUCUACGAGUAACCGCCUUCAAGCCUACACCUCCCGGACUCUCCCAGCUAGAAUCGAAGCCGCAGCCUUGAUAUCCCAUCUUCCAACCCUCGACUCCUACCAACCUAUCCUGUCCGCUGGCCAGAACCUCGAAAACCUCCUCUCCGACAUUGCCGCCCUCUUCCCAAGACACGCCUCUCUCAACCCAGAAAACAGCCACAAAGAAUGGCGACACCGAGCCUUGUUGGAUAUGCACGUCCGCCGACCACUACUAGCAUUAUACCGCCCCUUCGCUCUAGGGCUCCUCUCCGACCCGAGCAGUUGCCCGUCAAACAUUGAGCUCUCGUACCUCAAAUCAGCAAUGGCAAUCUUGACCUAUGCCGAUGAAAUCGACCCCAGGAGUCCAGGCUACGAAGAAGUGGUGGCGAUGUACCUGUUUGUCAUGAAAAAGGACAUUGUGGAGGCUGGGUUGGGUGUGUGUGCUUACAUCAAGCGAGCACAGCAGCACCAACAGCAACAGAGGAAUAAUUCACAGAUAUCGCAGAAUUCGGACGGUGAGCCCUGGCAUCACCCGCAGGUGGCGUACCCUCGGCAGUAUCAGCAUCGGCAUUCCCAGAGCAACAGCCACAAUCCUUACGACGAAGACCUGCUCAGUGUUGUUGGCACGGGGGCGAGAGGGCCGAGCUACCCCUGGUCAGCGGUAACAAUGGCACAAACAGUCGAGCGAACCCUCGACCGGCUUGUGACCCUGAUCCCAGACGCCAGCAGCGACGUCAACGAGAUUGUGGCGUUGGGGGUGGUGCUUAGCUCUGUUUGGCCGGGGGCGAUGGAUGAAAAGAUGCAGAAGAUGCAGAGAAUGGUUGGGAGAGUGCAAGAUAUUGUGGGGGGUGCUCUGGCCAAGAUGGGGAUCUCGGCGAGUGCGGUCCAGCACCAACCAGCUCCUCCUCCGGGUUAUGCAAAACUGGCGGCGGGAGUGGGGGGUCCGCCUGUGACGAAUGGUUAUGUGAAUGAUGGGGUAGGUCUCCCGAGAAAUAGGUAUCAAGGUUAUGGCUGCUGA